AUGAGGAGGAAGAGGACUCGUCUCUGGGCAAAGAUGAAUGAUUAUGAUAACAAUGUUAACUUUGAAUCAACUAGUUGUCAUCUCUCACGAUCGGUCAAUGAUCUUAAAUAUGAUGGUGAUGAAUACAUGUUUAGUUUCAAAGCUUCAUUCUUUAGUUGA